CAAGGCAGUGCUCGGUCACAGCCCAACGCUGGAGCAGCCUCGCGGUUGUGGCGCAGCAAAGGUUCGCAUGCUGCCGCCACGCCGUCGUCAUCUCGUCCCCGCUAGACCGGGACAGGAGCUCCCCAAGCCUCCCACAUACGACACCUCUGCGAUCUCGCCCUCACUCAAGAGACCUCGACCGCCACUCGAACGCCGUACCGUACACAGAUAGCACCUCUCUUGCUGUCACCUCGCACUACCACGGCUGCAUCGAGUACCUAACUAAGCUGUGGUGACUGUGUUCCGACCACACAGCAGGCAGCACAGGCAUCAUGUUUCGCGCGCAGUCGAACAUCUUCGACGAUGUGGUCGUCAAGGCCACGGACGAGAAUCUGACGAGCGAGAACUGGGAAUACAUACUGGAUGUAUGUGACAAAGUCGGCUCGGCAGACACCGGCGCACAGCAGGCCGUCGCGGCCAUGAUCAAGCGGCUGGCGCAUCGCAAUGCGAACGUACAGCUAUACACCCUCGAGCUCGCCAACGCCGUCAGCCAGAACUGCGGCAUAAAGAUGCACAAGGAGCUGGCGUCACGAAGCUUCACCGACGCGCUGCUGCGGCUGGCCAACGACAGGAACACGCACCAGCAAGUAAAGGCCAAGAUCCUUGAGCGCAUGGGUGAAUGGUCUGAGAUGUUCUCCCGUGACCCAGAUCUUGGCAUCAUGGAGGGCGCCUACAACAAGCUGAAGUCGCAGAACCCCGGCCUUCGCGCCCCAUCGAAACCGCAGAAGACACAAAUCUCCGAUACCGAACGCCAGAAGGAGGAGGAAGAGCUACAGAUGGCGCUCGCCAUGUCGAUACGGGAGUCCAAGGGCGCUGCCCCCGCGGCCGCAAAGUCAAAUGCUCCUCAGGACACGAGUGCAGGCGCCAGCUCGAGCUCGCAGCCUGCACCAACCCCAGCACCGGCGCCACAAGGAACCACUGCUGCAACGGUUUCGCGAGUACGCGCAUUGUAUGAUUUCCAGCCAUCUGAGCCCGGUGAGCUGCAGUUCAAGAAGGGCGACAUUAUUGCUGUGCUCGAGUCGGUGUUCAAGGACUGGUGGAAAGGCUCGUUACGAGGCCAGACUGGCAUUUUCCCGCUCAACUACGUUGAGAAGCUGCAGGAUCCCACACGCGAAGAGCUUGAGAAGGAAGCACAGAUGGAGGCCGAGGUCUUUGCCCAGAUUCGGAACGUGGAGAAGUUGCUUGCACUGCUCAGCACAAGCUCACAAGGCGGAGGCGAUGUUCGCGACAACGAUGAGAUCACCGAGCUCUACCACUCCACACUGGCCAUAAGGCCGAAGCUGAUUGAGCUCAUCGGCAAGUACUCGCAAAAGAAAGACGACUUCACACAGCUGAACGAGAAGUUCAUCAAAGGACGCCGCGACUACGAGUCUCUACUCGAGGCCUCUAUGACCCAAGCAGCACAGCCAGCAUACGGCAGCCGCCCCGCAUACGGCGCAUACAACGCGCCCCCUCCAUCGCAAUACGGUGGCUACCCCCCCGCCUCCGCCACACCGCAGCAGGACCCAACCCGCUUCUACGGCGCCGGCGCCCCCCCGUCCCAAGCACACCCACAAUACCCCCCAACCGGCUCCAACGCCCCGCCAUACCCCCCCUCCUCAACCCCCGCCUUCUUCAUGGUCCCACCCGACCAGCGCCAACAACAAACCCCCGCCCCCCAAGCCGCGCCCCCAUCAAACGCAUACACCGACCCUGCCCUGGCCCGCGUCCCCGUCGGUCGCCCGCAGAGCUACGCGCCCCAGGAACUCGCCACAGGCCACUACGACUCGCCCGUCGACGCGCGCCACUCGUUCCACGGCGCGCCGCCCGGCGCUCUCCCGGCAGCCCAGGAGUACGCGUACCCCCCUCAGCAGCAGCAGCAGCAGCAGCAGCAGCAACAACAACCCCAACCCCAACAACCGCCCCAGCAACAGCAGCAGACACAGCCACCAGGCUACCCGCCCCAGCCCCAGCCCUCGGCGCCCCCGCAGUCCUUCGACCAGCACGACGCGCACCAGGACGCCUACGCGCCGCCGCAGGCCUUUGGGUACCCUCCCCAGCAGCAGCAACAGCAACAGCAGCAACAGCAGCAGCAGCAGCAGCCGCCGAGCCAGCCGGGCUAUGCGCCGCCCGCGCCGCCGGGUGCAGUGGGUAGUCCGGCGCCGCAGGGGCAGGGCCAGGCGCCGCAGCAGGGGCAGGGGUAUUUGCCGUAUCGGCCGGGUGGGCAGGGUGGAGGGGCGGGGGCUCCGGGGGCAGGGGGGGAGGAGGGGUUUUAUCGGUAG